AACACAGAUGUAGUUAACCAAAACAGGAGUGGAUAAAUUUUCUGUUUUUUUAUUAGUUGUUCUUUGAAGAGUGGAGAAAUCUGUUCCUUGUCAAUAUUCACGUGAAAGAAAGGGCUCCAAGACAAAACAUAUGAACAGUGAAAUAAUAAAGGAAGACACGCAGGAGACACGAGAAGCAAAAGAGUUGCAGCUAAUCCUCCAUUGCAGUACAGGAAAAAAAUCCUCAGAAGAAGAUAAAAGAAAGGGAAAAAAUAUAGGUGGAUGAAAUUAGUUAAGCGUAAUAAAGUCUGUGUUGGGUAGUCAAAUUUCAGUGUACCUGCCCUACCAACUCCUUGUCUCUGUCUCUAUCUGUAUAUAAACCUUGUUGAGUGACAAGAUGAGCAGGUAACUUUGUCACUUACACCUUUUGCUUCUUACAUCAAGAAAAAAUCCAAAAAAUACAUUCAAUUACAUAAACCCUUCUGUUUCUGUAACUGAAAUCAAGACAUGAGGUCAGUCUCCUUCUGUUACUUUUUGUUUCUUGGCUCGUUUUUCAUUUGUUCUCCAGUAAUUUCUGUUUGUAUUGAAACCGUUGUUUAACGACUGAAAAAUUAGGCCUUUUGUUCAUUUCUAAUUCUUUCUUGCUAAUUUUUGCUUAGAUUCAGAAUUGUUUUUUUCUUUCUCAAUUGCCACCCUGUUAAAUCAUCAUUUACAAAGCUUAUAAAUCUGUAAUAUCUCUGGUUUUGUAUUUAGCUUGUAGAGAGUUUCCUCUUCAUGUUUUCUAAUCUUAAAUUUUCACAUGGAUACUUAGAUUUCUUAAUGAUGAAUUUUGAUAGUUUAUUAAUUGUGCUUUAAAAUUUCCCUUUAUUAUGUAGCACAACUCGAAGAAUUGUGCUGGGUGUCUAUUUUUACCGUUGUAAAUUCAAGCAAGUCCCAAAACUUCAAGUGGGUAUCAACCUUUAGACAGAUUUCUUAUGUUUGUUUGGCAAAGCUCAGUGCAUUUUUUUCAGUUAUAGAAAUUAUGGGUUUGUUCCAAUAUGGUGGAGUCUUGUGUUUUUGUCUUCUUCUUGUGUUCAAAACUUGUAUUGCUGACUCUCAACAUAUUGGCAAGAUAUAUCCUGGGUUUGAGGCAUCCCACGGUGACUGGGUUGAUAAGAAUGGCCUAUUCCUGCGAUCUAACAACUCUGUUUUCGCUUGUGGAUUUUACACUGCCUUGGAUGCUCAGUUCUUUUUGCUGGUUGUCAUUCACAUUAGUAGUGCCAAAGUAGUGUGGACUGCUAAUAGAGGCAAACUGAUUAGAGAUUCUGAUAAGUUUGUGUUUGAGAAUAAUGGGAAUGCUUAUUUGCAAAUGGGAAACGGUGUAGCUUGGUCCUCAAAUACUACUGGACAGAAAGUUACAUCCAUGGAACUGCAGGACUCAGGGAACUUGGUAUUGCUUGGGGACGAUGGAGGUAUUGUUUGGCAGAGUUAUAGCCAUCCCACUGAUACUCUUUUACCAGGCCAGGAGUUUUCUGAGGGAAUGAGGCUUAAGAGUUUUCCCAAAAGUGAUAACUUGAGUGUUUAUCUUGAAUUUAGGUCAGGCGAUCUCAUCUUGUAUGCCGGCUAUCAAACUCCACAAACCUAUUGGUCUUUGGCAAAUGACAGCAGAAAAACCAAUAACAGUGUCGAUGGCAAGGUCUACUCUGCAGCUCUGGUGUCCAAUUCAUGGAAUUUCUAUGAUCAUGAUAAGAAGUUGCUUUGGCAAUUCGUCUUCUCUGACAAUAUUGAUCAAAAUGCUACUUGGGCUGCCGUUUUAGGUUCUGAUGGAACAAUUACAUUUACUGAUCUUCAAAAGGGGAAUGCCGCUACUGCUGAGUCAUUCAAGGUACCACAAAAUCCAUGCAGCAUUCCUGAGCCUUGUAGCCCAUACUAUGUGUGCUAUUUUGACAAUUGGUGCCAAUGUCCUGAUCCUCUCAAGUCUCAAUUCAAUUGUAACCCUCCAGUUGCUUCAUCGUGUGAUAGUUCUAGGAAUUCAGCAGAGCUUUUCUAUAUAGGCGAGAGGCUUGACUAUUUUGCACUUGGUUUUGUUACACCCAUUUCAACAUACGGUCUUGAUGCUUGCAAAGAGGCUUGCCUUGGUAACUGCUCCUGCUCUGCCUUGUUCUUUGAAAACAGUUCAAGGAGUUGCUAUCUGUUUGAUAAUAUAGGUAGCCUGCAACGCUCUCAGCAGGGUUUUGCUGGUUAUGUUUCAUAUAUCAAAGUCUCUACAGGAAGUGGUGACAAAAGAAGUAAUGAAGGGAAAAAAAUUAUCUUCAUUUUCUUCAUAGUUCUUGCAACCAUACUGAUAAUUGCUGGUCUACUGUAUGUGGGAUUCUGGUAUCACCUCAAAAAGAAAAGAUUGAUUGAAUUCUCUCAAGCAAACUUGGAAGAGGAUGAUUUCUUGGAUAGUUUAUCUGGCAUGCCUGUUCGCUUCAGCUAUAAUGAUCUUCAUGCGGCAACUAAAAGUUUCUCUACAAAGGUUGGCCAGGGAGGGUUUGGCUCAGUCUAUCUAGGUGUGCUACCAGACGGUACCCAAUUGGCUGUCAAAAUGUUAGAGGGCAUUGGCCAGGGGAAGAAGGAGUUUCGAGCUGAAGUUAGUAUAAUUGGGAAUAUACAUCAUGUCCAUCUAGUCAAACUCAAAGGCUUCUGUGCCGAAGGGACUCACAGGCUUCUUGUUUAUGAGUACAUGGCAAACAGGUCAUUGGAUAAGUGGAUCUUCAAGGCUGACAAGGAAAGUCAGUUGAUGAGUUGGGACAGAAGAUUUAACAUCGCAUUGGGUACUGCAAAGGGAUUAGCUUAUCUCCAUGAGGAAUGUGAAGUAAAGAUUGUUCAUUGUGACAUAAAACCUGAAAAUGUUCUUUUAGAUGAUAAUUUCAAUGCCAAAGUUUCAGAUUUUGGUUUGGCAAAGCUGAUGAACCGUGAAGAAAGCCUUGUGUAUACAACACUGAGAGGUACACGGGGGUACCUUGCACCAGAAUGGAUAACAAACAAUCCCAUUUCAGAGAAGAGUGAUGUAUAUAGCUACGGUAUGGUCUUGCUUGAGAUCAUUGGAGGCAGGAAGAAUUAUGAUCCAGGGGUUGAUUCAGAGAAAGCACACUUCCCUUCUUAUGCAUUCAAGAUGCUAGAAGAAGAAAAACUAAGCGAAAUCAUUGAUCCAAGGCUAGAUGUCAAUGAAAAAGAUGAGAGAGUUGUCACUGCAAUCAAAGUUGCACUGUGGUGCAUACAAGAUGAGAUGCAUAUGAGACCGCCCAUGACCAAAGUAGUCCAAAUGCUUGAAGGUCUCUGUGCUGUACCUCAGCCCCCAACCCCUUCUCAGUUGAAUUCUCGGGUUUACUCAGGUUUCAUUAAGUGGAGCGGUGAUGAGGGUACUUCAUCAGGACUACUUGACGACAAUAGUGGCAUAUUUAUGUCAGAUAUUCAACUAUCAGGCCCGAGAUGAUAGAAGCAGUAAUGUUAUACAGAUGAAGAUUAAUCUAUACUUGUAAUUUUCAGCUUUCGAUCAUAAGAAGUUUCCUGUAAUUAGCUUCCAUAGCAUUGUGAAUUAUGAAACUUCUUUGUUUUCUAAUGCCUGUCUUUUUGUGCUUGUAAGUUGUAAUAUCUACAGAAGCUGCUUUAUCCAUUGUGAAAUUUAGUCUUCAUUUUGUGUGCAAUCUCAAGGGGGAAUUCCAAGUCUUCUUUCUUGAGUACUUCGAGGAUAAUCUUGAACAUUAGUGAAAGAUGUAAUAGCAAGUUUUUGUGUAAGAUCAAUGUUAGAUGUGUAUGAUGCCAAGUUUCUUUCAUUUUAAGUCCAGGGGAUUCUAUAUGAUA